CUGCCAUCUACUUCGUGGUAGCUGCGACCAGGUCCCUCGCGAAGGAUAGAUUUUUGCUGCUAUGCAGAAGAAGAAGGUCAAACCAUACCCCUGCGCCUUCUGUGACAAGAAAUUCAAAACAACCAGUGGUUGUGAAGAUCACACCAAAGUGAAGCACCAUGCAAAAGAGCGUCGGUUGCUUCAGGGCGGUGGGAUGCUUCAUCAGAGUAGCACGUCUCAGCAGAAAAGCACUCUCGCUGCUGGGAUCCCAGUCCAAGGGACGAGCUCUUCAAGGUUCAAAUGUUUUCAAUGCAACAGGUCCUUCACAAGCGAGCACGAGUGGCAGCGGCACUACGGCGAGAUGAUCUCUCAAUAUUCCUGCUCUCGAUGCUUCCAAUCGUUUGCGGAUCAUUCAGCGUUGUCUACGCAUAUGAAGGAUGUGCACCUAAUUGCAUACCUAUCCUUCCAUGAGGAACUGCAGCAGCAGUAUAGGAUAUGCAGGGCACAGUUCACGUGCAGUGCGUGCUCCAUCAGUUUCAAUACACUGUCACUGUUUGAGGCGCAUCUACGCUCUUCCCAUUCAAACCACGUGAACAAGAGCCAGCCGACGGCUUCAGUGUCCGGGCUGGCUUUAUCUGUUGCUACCGCGUCUGUGCAAGCAGCAUCGUCUUGUGUACCGCAAAAUCAGGAAUUUUCUGGUGAAACAUUUAUGACUCACCCGACGCCGAGCCUCGAUCUCAACAGCAUCGAUAGUCCUACUUGUCAUCAAUCACCGAGGUCUAUGAGCAUUGAAACCACGCCGCCCGAUCAGAAGUCAUAUCAACGUUCGAGUGAUACAUCUUCACGAUUGUCCAGCGUAUCGAGUCCAUCCAUGACACCCAAUAUGCUGUCCACUGCGACUGCUAUCGAAUACUCCAUGCUAGAGAAUGGCAGCAUCAUUCCUGAGUUGCCCAGCGGACAACCGUCUCCUGGCUUUGCACAGCCGCCCAGCAUCGCCUCUCCAUCAGUUUCAGCGAAUUCUCCAGAGAACACCAUCACGGAGAUUGACCCUCAAGCACGAAUAACAUCUUCGUCAAUCGACGGGCACCAACCGCCUUCAAUUGAAGUGAUCGCGCUUGAUCCCCACAUCUCUCUUAUCAGCGACGCUACGGCAUCGGAGCCUGAAAGAACAGCAGAUAUUAUGAAAAGCCCGUCUUGGCACUGCAGGAGCUGUCUGAGGGACCCGUGCGACAACCCAGCAGCGACGAUGUGUGGACAUAUCUUCUGUCACCGAUGUAUCGUCAAGGAGCUAACGACGAACAUGCAAUGCCCAGUAUGUAACAAUCCGAUACUAUUGAGUCUACAAGUGGAAUCCAGGUAGAGCUAGCUGGCGCGCGGAGCAGAGCAACGGCUUCUAUGUAGGAUUUUCCGAACUGUAUAGUGAUGAGAAUUGCGUUUGGCUUGAUAUACUGAGAUUGAACAUUUGUCUACAUUGACUGAUCCGGGUAAUUAGCAAUUACCAUGUCUCGCACCAGUGAAUAAUCC